CGAAAAGAGCUUCUUCUUGUUCGUGGUUAGUCGGUUACAAGGGAACACGAUUUCUCUUCAUUCAUCGAACACAUUACCAUUUCUCCACCACCAAUUCUUCCCAAACACUUGGAAUUCACUCUGACACCGACCUUUUUCAACCACUUUCUAAUUUCUAUGAACCGAAAUUGAGCGCUCAACGAAGGGAAAUUAAUGGAACCCGGAAACAGAAGAAGAAACCGAGAGGAACAAGGAAGAGAGUUUUUGAAUGCCAGUUUUUUAUUCUUCUGAAUCAGUAAGUGCUUUCUCUAAUUCUGCUACUGUAUAAUACAAUGUGAAUUCCUGAAAUUAGAAAUCGUUGAUUAGACGUACGUUCAAGAACUAUUCUUUUUGAGUUUGAACUAAAGUGAUGAUUAGUUUUGUGAUACGUAUACUUAAUUAACUGGAAUAGGAUAAAUCAUGGAUGUACAAUUGUAAUUUUGAUUUAUCAUUGAGAUCCUGUAGAUAAUGGGUAUAAUGUGAAAUUAAUUGAAUUCAAGGGUUGUUGAUAUUCUGGGCAAAGUUUUAAGUCCGUUGGCUGACCAAAAGUUAGGGUAGUUUUCCUUUGCGCGAAUUCCCUUGUCCCUUGAUGAGCGAAUGUAGUCGGUUGGAUUGUUGGAUAGAUACUGAUGAUAUUUGUGAGAAGUUCUAUUCUCCGGAAUCCGAAUUGAUUUCUUUAACUUUCAGACGCGGUAAUGACCAUGAAAGACUUACUGAGGGUAGCCAAUGGGUUGUCUUUGGUGGCCAAGGAGUCUUUGUCACGGUUGCGCCCCCAAACUGAAGGUGGAGCCGUGCAAUCCCUAGUCAAGAAAACCAUCCUCUCCGCCACUGACCUGACCGGUCUCACCAGUGGCAACCUACGCCAGCUGUCCCCUCCUCCCGUUAAUCAACCUCCAUUUGCCACUGAAAACAAGGUGGAGGAGAAGCUGCAGGCUUCAACACUACCCUUUUCUGAUGCUAAUACCAAUGGCAAUAGUACCACGAUCGCAUCCUCUGUGCAGACGGACAAUAAUAACAAUGGCAAUAAUAUCCCCAUUAUCUCCGAUAUCCAGCAGGACAAUAAUACCAAUGGCAUUGAUAGCAUCAUCACAUCCUCUACCCAGCUGGACUAUAACAAUGCUGCUUCUGCAGACCCAUCUGGGAAUGUCCAUACUCUUUCUAAUACAGCUGACAGUGCAGAUGCUAAUGUUACAGCCUCUCCACCUGUUAAGAGCCGCAGGAAGCCCAGAGAGAGGAGAGUACCUUCUACCCCUUUCUCCAGAGCCCUCGGGUUUGCUGGGCUAGGAGCUGGUCUGGCAUGGGGAACAUUUCAGGAAUCUGCGCGGAGGCUUGUAUUUGGUAAUCAAACGCAAACCUCGCAAGACAAACAAUCGGUUUUUUCUCCAUUUGUAUCCGAGAAAAAUGCAGAACGUUUGGCUCUUGCCUUGUGCAGAAUGCGAGGAGCUGCCCUCAAACUAGGCCAGAUGCUCAGUAUUCAAGAUGAAUCUAUAGUUCCUCCUCCGAUAUUGGCUGCUUUAGAUAUAGUUCGCCAAGGUGCAGAUGUGAUGCCAAGGAGCCAGCUUAAUCAAGUUUUGAAUGCUGAAUUAGGUCCUCAAUGGUCUUCAAAGUUACUGGAUUUUGAUUACGAACCAAUGGCUGCGGCAAGUAUAGGACAGGUACAUAGGGCUGUUACUAAGGAAGGUUUGGAGGUUGCAAUGAAAAUACAGUACCCUGGAGUUGCUGAUAGUAUAGAGAGUGAUAUUGAGAAUGUCAAAUUGUUGCUGAAAUAUACAAAUCUUCUUCCAGAAAAAUUGUAUAUCGAUAGUGCUAUGAAGGUGGCAAAGGAUGAACUUUCUCGAGAAUGCAAUUACCAGUUGGAGGCUGAAAGCCAGAAAAGAUUUCGCCAUCUGCUUUCAGACAUGGAAGGCUUUUAUGUUCCCAUGGUGAUAGAUGACUUAUCAAGUCAACGAGUCCUGACUUCUGAACUUGUUCCGGGAGUUCCAAUUGAUAAGGUAGCAUCGCUAGACCAAGGGACACGCAAUUAUGUUGGAAGGAAGUUGCUCCAACUGACUCUGACAGAGUUAUUUGUCUUUAGAUUCAUGCAGACUGAUCCUAAUUGGAGCAACUUUUUAUAUGAUGAAUCUGCAAAAUCCAUAAAUCUCAUUGAUUUUGGGGCGGCUCGAGACUACCCAAAACAGUUUGUUGAUGACUACUUGAGAAUGGUUCUUGCUUGUGCAAAUAGUGACCGUGAAGCCGUGAUUGAUAUAUCACGCAAACUGGGCUUUCUCACGGGUAUGGAAUCAGAGGUAAUGCUGGACGCUCAUGUUCAGGCUGGUUUUAUCGUUGGGCUGCCUUUUGCAAAGCCUGGGGAUUUUGAUUUUCGCUCUACCAAUAUUACGAGUAGCAUUUCACACCUUGGUGCUACCAUGUUGAGACAUAGACUGACUCCGCCACCUGAGGAGGCUUAUAGUCUUCACAGGAAACUCUCUGGUGCUUUCCUUGCCUGCAUCAAGCUUGGGGCUGUUGUCCCGUGUAGGGAACUCCUCCUUGAAGUGCAUAAGAACUAUCAAUUUGGGAGCGAUAGCUGAGGGGCCAGUCCAGGUGUUUUGAGGGGUUGAGUAGUUCAAGCCAUCUUGGAUUUUUGUAGUUUUCCAAGGAAGGGACAAUUAAUUGACGUAGUUAUUAGGCAUUGAGGGUCUGGUGUAGCGGCCCUUCAUCUGGGUUGUCCUCUUGGAGGGUGUGUGUGAUGGCCGUGUUGCAAUCCAUUACCGGUAUCUUGGGUUCUACUUCUACAUGGAAGAGAAAUAAAUACAUGUGGAGAAGGUAACUGUAUCAAACACAUUCUUUCCUGUAACACACAGUCUUAUCAGAAAGUCAACCGCAUCAUAAAGGCUCUGGAGAUUUGUCUGAAGAAAGGUGCCUUUGCCUCAACCUGAUGAUACCUCUUUUGGUCAACUGAAUUUUAGGCCUUGGAGUUCUGCUUCAUCCACUCACUAUCUGUGAGAAUAACAUUGUUUUCAUGGAUCUUGAGUUUUCGUCUGGGAAAAAAAUAAUGAGAUUUUUGUGGUCGAGGAAGUAAGAAAACAAUUUUGAUAGAAAAAACAUGCCAAAUUGCCAACUGACAUUUUUUUUGUAGCAGUUUGCCUAAAUUUAUAGAUAUAUGAAAAAGUCAACUUGUACUUUCCAUCAAUCACUAUACUAGCAUUUACAACAAGCGUUGUGUUCUUUUCUUGACAUGAACAUGCUACAUCAUCAAUAAUGGUUCAAAAACUACUUUGUUCAUUGACACAAAAUUUGCUGUCUCCAGCCUUCAUAUUUUGUUCAUUGUAGUAUUAAAAAUUUGAAACAGUGUGACG